GUCCGAGAAGAAAGAAGCAUCUCGGACAGCAGUGAGCGCAAGGAGGUGGUUUGGUCCACUGGAGGACAGAGAGGAGUCUCCUCCACCUGUCCGGAGCCGAGAGCGUCCGCCACACUGCAGACACGCAGCUGCAGACAGACGGUGGAUCCAGGACAGCUGCAGAGACGGAGGGCAGCAAAUUAAGUCUGUUGUGAAGACCGUCAAAGAUUAAGGAUGAGGCAAAGCUAUAAAAAAAUGCAAAUGUUAUUCAUGAAGUAAUUACACCAGGUGUGACACAUUAAAUUAGUCUAAUUAGUAGCCUGGCCUUUGAAGCGAGCCCAGGAAAACCCGCCAUGGAGCUGCAGCACAACACCAAUCACAACCAAGCCUUGUGGAGAGAGAUACCGUGGGAUUUCACCGAGGACUGCUCGCUCUCCGUGAGUGGCACCACUUUUCUCAUCGUUGCUUACAGCACAGUUAUGGCGGUGGGUCUCAUCGGGAACUCUUGCCUGGUGUUUGUCAUCACGCGGCACAAGGAGAUGCGCAACGUCACCAACAUCUUCAUCGCCAACCUGUCCUGUUCUGACAUCCUCAUGUGCAUAAUGUGCCUGCCGGUCACUAUUAUCUACACACUGAUGGACCACUGGAUCCUAGGGGAAGUCCUCUGCAAGCUCACGCCCUUCAUCCAGUGUAUAUCAGUCACCGUCUCCAUCUUCUCCCUCGUCCUCAUCGCCAUGGAGCGCUACCAGCUCAUUGUCCACCCGACUGGAUGGAAGCCCAUGGUGGGCCAGUCUUACCUGGCCGUGGUUGUCACCUGGAUCGUGGCCUGCCUCAUCUCGGUGCCUUUCCUCCCAUACAGCGUUCUCACCUUGCCUUUCCAGAACGUCAGCAUGCCAUUCCCAAUCAACGACCACCUCUUUUGUAUGGAGCGGUGGCCAUCUGUUGAAGAACGGCAAGCUUACACCACCUUCCUGCUUGUCUUCCAGUACUUCCUUCCUCUCACCCUCAUCAUGCUCUGCUACCUGCACAUCUACCUGCGCCUCAGGAGGAGGAAGGACAUGGUGGAGCGCGGCAGGAACACCCAGAAGAAAAACAAAGGCGCCACGAGGAUCAACGCCAUGUUAAUCUCCAUAGUGGUGGCGUUCGCCAUCGCCUGGCUCCCUCUCAAUGUCUUUAACACAGUGUUUGACUGGAACCACGAGGCCAUCCCGUCCUGUGGCCACGACGUCAUCUUCUCAUUCUGCCACCUCACGGCCAUGGCCUCCACCUGCGUCAACCCCAUCAUCUAUGGUUUCCUCAACAGCAACUUCCAGAAACAGCUCAAGUCCACCCUGUUGCGCUGUCGCUGCUGGGGGGUGACGGAGAGGUACGAGAGUGUCCCGCUCUCCACUGUCAGCACAGAGGUCACCAAGGGUUCAAUCUUGAGCAAUGGAUCUAUCAGCAUCAAUACCUAGAUAUAAGCCUUUUCAGUGAAAGACAAAGAGACUGCUAGGGCCUCUUCAGCCCUCAUUGUGUCAUCCUUUGGAGCUUUUCAGGCUUCGUUGCUUCCAAAAGCGAGGUUGACAUUUACAAAGUUAUAAACCUUACAACAGCAGUCCAUAGAGAGACGACUGAAGACACUAAACCAGCAUGGCACGAUGCCCUUGAAUCAGUAUGAGCUCACAUGUAAGAGGAAGUAGAUAACAAAUUGAUGGUGCAAAGGUUGGACAAGUUUAAGUAUUGCGACUGAAGGCACUUUAGAUGAGCACUUUUGCAACUGUAGUCUGUAUAGUUCAUGCUCCGUGUGCUGUGGGCACAUACGAAUGAAGAGACGGCAUUUCAUUUGGUAUACAUCCGUCAGGUUUUUUAUUUUUAAAGCACUGAUAUCUACUUCGAUUGUCACAUUUUAAUGAAUAUCAGCUGUUUAGGGUUUGCUUUUCACACUUUUACCUGCUUUAAAUGUGAGCAAUGGAAACACCCGAGACAAUUGGAAGGACAAAAGGGUUGGGGCACUGCAAAUGUUCUUUUCAAUUUAGCUGUUUUCUAUUAUCAGUAUUGAUGAAAAUAUUAAGUAAACUGUGAUGUGUUAAUGAUUAUUGCCUGAGUAGCUUAUGACAUAACUGAAGGAGAAAACAUUAGUGCAUUAAAUGUCUCUGGGCGUUCACUGAGACCAUUUACUAGCAUCAUCUUAAUGCAUUUAUUAUUACCUAAAAUCACCACACAACGAUGUAAUGAUCUUUUACAGAGAACCUUGGCUAUGCCCAUAUACAUUCCAUGCUGUCCGCCAAGGUCUGUGCUCAAGUGUAUUAUGAGCGUGGGAUGUUUUUUUCUCAUAAGAUGUGCCAUUUAACAACCAUAUAUCAAGUGCCAUAAAACAAAAUAAAAGAGGCAGUAAAGGACAUUUUUAUCAGAGCGGGUUUCGUCGGCUGUAUAUAACAUUGCUAAAUACAUGUAAGGCCUGGAAAUUAUGUGACAGUUAUGGCUUAUGGUGUGGUGGGGA